AGUAAAGGCGGGGGGUGAAAGAGGGGUAUUGUGCUGUGCAGCAGUGGAUCCGGGGGUUCAUAGUGAGAAAGGGGAGAUGCUCACUCAACUGUGUCCAGCACGCCAUUGUCAAAGAUCCCCAUCUAUUCUCUGCCUUUUAAAUAGAGCUCCAGUAUGCUUGGAUGGUUACAGGAGCGCUUCCAAGUGCGCAAAAAACGUGCCUAGAGUGCCAUUCAACCGACUGAUGCCCCCCUCUCUGACGGGCUCGCCGUGAAUCAUGUCACGCCGGAAGCAGAAGCGACCCCAGCAUCUCGUUAACGCGGAUCCGGGGGGACCACAGCUGCUAUCGCACGAUGACCACCUGAGCAUGAAGUCACCAUCCACAUCUCUUGGCUCAGAAGUGACCUCAUCAGGCUCCUCAUCCUCAUCCCCCACCUCUCUCGAAGAUUGCCAGCCGCCUUUGGCCCCUCGCCCAUCCCCUGGUGGGCUCCACGCGCCCUCUUUACCCAGCGAGACCUCGCCUCCACCUCACUGGCCCAGCCACAUUGCCCCCUUCACCACCUCCCUCCCGAACACCCACUCUUCUCUCUCCCCAGAUUUUCCUCACCCCUCACUGUCAUCCCAGACUCACUCACCUCCUCCACUAGGUCAAACUUCAGGUUCCCACAGCCUGUCCCACCAAGGAAACUCUCACUCCACCAUGACCUCCCCACCGAUGGGCAGCUCAGCCACCACCACUACCUCCUCCUCUUCCUCCUCCUCCUCUUCUCAGUGUGUGCUUCCUCGCGACAGCUCCAGUCCAGGUCAGCAGCAGGCCUCCAGCUCUCCAGUGCAGCAGGGACAGAUCCAGGUGCCGCCGACCCUGGCAGUACUCCUAGAGGAGCUAAGGGUCUUACAACAGAGGCAAAUCCACCAGAUGCAGAUAACAGAGGAGAUCUGUAGGCACGUUCUUAAGCUUGGAGGGGCUGUUUUUGGUCAAGAUAAUAAUACACAUGCUAAUGGUGACAGCAACCAGAAGUCUACUGAAGCAGCAUCUUUGUCACCAACGCAUCCAUCCACUGCCACACCAGUAACCACAGCCUCCUCGCUUUUGACUGGACUUCCAUCUUCCCUCUUCCCCCAGCCACCCGUCUCCAAAUCAGGUGCUUCCAGUGUUAAUGGCAGCAGACCUCCAUCCUCCUCUACCUCUUCCUCAUUAGCGUCCUCAUCGAUUUCAUCCACUCUCAGCUCCUCUGUUGCCUCCCUACACCCUCUGUCCUUAUCAUUGGGCCUACCGCCGCGCUACCUCCAUGAGAAAUCAUCCAACACCUCCUCGUUUGGUCAUAGCAAUGGUAUCAGUUUUUCAACUCCUCCCAUUCCUACCACUAGCCAUUCCCAGGAUCUCCAGCCUAGUUCCUCUCUGGGCUCUGCCUCCUCAUCCGGACGACCUCAGCAUGUGUGCCGUUUUUGUGGGAAGGUGUUAAGUAGUGAUUCAUCACUCCAGAUCCAUCUGAGGUCACAUACAGGUGAAAGGCCCUACCAGUGUCCAGUCUGCUUGAGCCGUUUUACAACCAGAGGGAACCUCAAAGCUCAUUUCCUGCGACACAGAGAGCAGAACCCAGAGCUGUCCCUCUCCCUGCUGCCCCCGGCUCUGUCGGAGCAAAUGCAGAGUGGUCCUGCACCCGGUGCCAUCCAGAGAAGGAGAAAACGCCGGGCUGACGAUGACGAACCAUUUAAUGGAGUGAAAGGAAGCAUUCCAGGGAUGACUGAGAACAUGGCUUUAGGAUUCCUGUCUGGCACGUCCACUCGGCCCUCGCCUUCCUCUCUACCUCUGCCCCCCUCAGUGGACAUGGCUUUGCUGUCCACAGCUCAUUCACUGCUACAACUGAACAGAGCGUCAGCUGCAGCUGCUGCCAGCGCAUCGAGCACUGCACUGCCUUCUUCCUCGUCUUCCUCGUCUUCCUCUUCCUCCAUGGGCAGCCAAUUCAAAGGAGCAAAGCAGCAGCGAUUUGAUGAAAACACGCCUCCUCACUCUGCCAUCCAUACAACCUCCCCAUACUCUCAACUGGCCCACCUCCCCAAGAUUCUCUUCCCUGGAGGUGCCUCCCCUCACCACCUUGCACUUCUUCGGCCAGGUCAUCCAUCCACCUCCCACCUCACUUCACCUCAUCAGCUACCCUUCCCCUUUCCACCUUUCCCCAAACCUUCAACCUCCUCCCCCUCUUCAUCCUCUUCCACCACGUCUACCCAGAACUCAGACACCUCCAAGUUGCAGCGCCUGGUACAGAAGCUUGAAAAGCAGCCACAUGGAGGCGCCUCUUCUUCAUCCUCUUCCUCCACCUCCUCACAAAUCCCUGCUGAAACAAAUGGGGACACACAUGGUCAGGACCUGACCACCACCUCCAGUGCCUAUCGCAGGGAAAUGUUGGCUGCUCUUGGCCUGAGCCCAAGCACCAAUGCUGCUGGACUAAUGACCAGCCAGGGAGUCUCAGGUUCUGGCACUACAAGUACCCCUUCCCUGCCUACUGCCCAGGCUGCUAACCAGUGUGGAGUGUGUUUGCGUGUCCUCAGCUGUCCCAGAGCUUUGCGUUUACACCAAGCCACACAUCUUGGAGAGCGUCCAUUCCCUUGUAAGCUGUGCGGUCGUUCCUUCUCCACGAAGGGCAGCCUUAGGGCCCACCUGGCCACUCAUCGUGCAAGGCCGGCCAACUCACGUGCCUUGAACUCCUGCCCGUUGUGUCCACGCAAGUUCACCAAUGCCUUGGUUCUUCAGCAUCACAUCCGCUUGCAUCUUGGAGGACAAAUACCACCUGAUGAAGAUAUGUCUGCUGAAGAUGGUGCAGAAAUGCAGAAUACCAUCUUCAAUGAUGGUGAGAACGACUCCAUAGGCUCUCCAUCUAACGGCCAGCAACUCCUUCCUCUGGCCUUAACAACAAGUUCCAAGACUCCAAUGGAUGCUCUCAACUCAGGGUCUACGUCUAAGCAAUUCACAGCUGCUGAUGCCACUUCUGUGAAGACAGAAGAGUCAGAAGGUUCAACACCCAGUGUUAGCCCACCCCUGACCAAUAAUCCCCCCUCUGUAGGAGCUGAGGACCCCCUGCGUCUGGGAGACAACACUCAGGCUGAUGGUAGCCCCAUGAACUCUGAGGAGGAGGCCCAAGCUGACCUGGGCAUCACCAGCCCUUUGAAAGCACCCUUAACUAGUUCUCGUUCAGCUAUGGUGAACGGAGACACAGAGCCAGAGGACACCCCUCUCUCCCUCUGUGUUUCGAAGCCUGUAAUAGAAAAUGAUACGCUGCAUAGAGUUGUCAAUAAUGAUGAACCCUGCUCUACAGACAAACCCACCACUAGUUCUGAAUCUAACCCCAAGCCACCAGCUGCAAACCCCUCACCUGCCCUCACCCCACCCGCAAGUCCCAAAGCUACCCCUGAAGCAGGCGAAGAGGCCUGUGGCAGCGUUCCACAGGAGGCACAUGAGAGAGAUGCUGCCCAAAGCAAAGGCAAGAGUGAGGCCACCACACCCAGAGAGCCUUUGCCAGAUCCAGAGCCAGAGACGGACACUCCAAUGGAGGAGGGUCAUGGCGUUCCAGAAAAGCCUUCAGGGGACCCCAUACCCUCUGUCCCAGCACCAGCACCACACACCCAGCCUUCUCGCCCAGACAAACCCUACAGCUGCUCCCAGUGUGGAAAGGCAUACGCCAGCCGUAGCGGACUUAAGGGCCAUAUGAAAACUCAUCCUGGAGCACUGACCAAUAUCUCCUCCAAGCCUCAAGCCAAUGACAAUGACAUUGCGGAGGAUCGCAGUUCACAUUCAGCCAAUAAGAACCCAGGACAGCAGGAAGAAAAGCAGGGAUUGGCUAAAUCCCCAGAGAAAGGUGACAGCACAGAUCCUCUACCAGCCAGUGUUGUUUCUAGUGGGACAGACAAACCUAUGGACACUACUGUGUAGAAGAAUUAGUAUUGUUAAAUGGCUGCAGUCAGUCUUUUAAAGGGUCCUGACAAGGGAAUGUAUUUUUUUUUUAUAGAAUGACAUUCGUUUUCUAUAGUUAUUCAUUCUAAUUCAUGUUUACCUUUUGUAUUAGACAAAUAGAUCUAGUUUGUAUUGUAGUUACAUUGUAGUAACAUUACAAGAGAUUUGCGAAUGUAGUAUUUUAGCUGUGUAUUUUUGUAUUUCAAAGACCACAGUGAGGCCUUAACGUACACACUUCAUAGCAUUGUCACAAUGAGAAUUAAUUGUUUGCGCUUUUUCUUCUUUCUUUUUUUUUUGCUGACACCUAUUUCAGCACAUACUGUAUAAGCUGAUUUGAGUAAGAGAUACGAUCCAGAAUUUUACAAGAUGAACUCCAUACCAAAACAGGCCAAAUUAGUAAGGGCCAAACGUUUGUAAAUAUGAGCUGCGGUUACAUUUUAUGCCUUUUUAUUGUUACUAUUUUCUUUCCUUUUUUUUUUUUUAAAUGCCAUGCUGCUAAAAGCAUGUUUCUGAUGUGCUGAGUUGCACUGUGAGUUGCACUGUGUCCCGUGCUGCCGAAACAUCGACUUAAAACAAACACGUUAGCGAUGACGAUAACCACGACGAUGAUGAUGAUGAUGAUGUUCAUAAUAAUAACGAUGACGAUGAUUGUGUUAGAUUUAUCAGUACUUUUGUGAAGAGCCUUUGUACUUGUAGCUGUAAACCUUCCUAGCAGCAAACGACUUUAUUCGUAUCGAUGAUUGUAAGCGGUCUUUCUCGUUGUUGGCGCUCUUUCCAAGUUCAAAUCAACAACGAGGAUGAGUCCUGUCGGUUAAACGCCCCCACCCCGCCACCACCACCACCACCACCACCACCUUUAUCUUUCACCCACCCUUCCCCCUGCUCUCCUCUCUCAAAGCACUUGAGAGUUUUCUGCUCCUGCAGAAAUUGUCUACACUCACUGCAUUCCUGCUUAGCCCAGUUUAGUAUUUGUAUGCUUUGCUUUUACCCUUUGUAAACUCCUUUUUUAUUUUUUUGUAGCAAUGACAAAAUAUGUUCCCAUGCUUCCCAUGUGAUGUAUAAAAGAUAAAUAAAACAAUGGUGAUCUGAA